AUGGAUCCUAAUGUUGAACCGUGGAUCUAUGCCCUGUUUUAUCCUUAUGCAAUGGAUUUUUAUGUAAAAAUAGAAAAAGAUAGAAUUCAAUACAUCAGAGACUAUCAAAAAGAAAUACGAGCAGAUACGUAUAAAGGUUUACAUGAUUAUAUGGAAAAUGCUGCUACUGAUGUUAAUGCUCGAAUAGGUAAAACAAUUAUUUUACCAUCAACGUUCAUAGGUUCACCUGGUCAUAUGCAACAAUGUUAUCAAGAUGCAAUGGCUAUAGUUAGCGAAAAAGGUAAACCAUGUCUUUUUCUAACCAUGACCUGCAAUCCGAAGUGGAAAGAAAUUGAAGAAAAUCUUCUUCCUCAUCAACAAGCUGCUGAUCGGCCAGAUCUUUGUGCUAGAAUUUUUGAUUUGAAAAAACAACGUUUGUUAGACUUUGUAAUAAAAAAUAAAUAUUUUGGUGGUGUAGCAGCUUACGUAUAUGUUAUUGAAUUUAAAAAAAGGGGUUUACCACAUAUGGAUUUAUUGAUAACAUUGAAACAUGGUUUCAAAAUAACUACUCCUGAAAUUGUUGACAGAUUUAUAUCAGCUGAAAUACCUAAUGCAAAUGAAACAGUAAUGGAUGGGAAUGGUUAUCCUUAUUAUCGUAGAAGGGACAAUGGCACGACUCAUGAACAAUCAAAUGGUCGAAUAGUUGACAACAGAUGGGCUGUUCCAUAUUGUCCAACACUUUUAGAAAUGUUUAAUUGCCAUAUUAAUGUGGAAGCAGUAUCAAGUAUCAGAGCUGUAAAAUACAUGUAUAAAUAUAUUUAUAAAGGGCAUGAUGCUGCAAAUGUGGUAUUAACUGAACAGAAUGAGGAAAGAGUUAUCAAUCACGAUGAAAUCAAGGAUUAUUUAGAAGCCAGAUAUGUUGUGUCGGUAGAAGCGGCAUACCGAAUAUUAAGCAAAUUAUUACAAGACAAGAGCCAUUGUAUCAUACGAUUACCUAUACAUUUACCUAUGCAAUACACUAUUAUAAUUCCUAAUGAUCUUACUAAUGUUCAAGUAAAUUUGGAUCAAUUCACUAGCAUGAUAUUAGAUUACUUCAAACUAAAUUCAGAAGAUGAAAAUGCAAGACAAUAUUUAUAUAAGGAUAUUCCGUGUGACUACGUUCAUAAGAAAAAUAAAGUAACUAAAAUUACACAAUGGGGACCUCGGAAAGGACAAUUCAAUGUUUUUGGCAGGAUACGCUCAGUUAACCCAUCAGAAUUUGAAUUAUUUCACCUACGUUUGUUAUUAUUGAACGUUAAAGUAGCAACAAGUUCUGAUGCUUUGAAAACAGUUGAUGGUCAGCUUCUACCUUCGUUUUCUGCUGCAUGUUUAGCUUAA